CUUGUGGGGGAUGUGGAGGGAUGCACAAACAGAGGAAUCUUGAAUAGGAGUAAAGAGGUUAUUUUAUCUCUGCAUUUGGCAGCGGUUCCAGUGCUGGAACCCACAAUUCAAGAAGGAUGUUGAUAAAUUGGAGAGGGGUCAGAGAAGAGCCACAAGAAUGAUGAAAGGAUUAGAAAACCGGCCUUAAUAGUGACAGACUCAAGGAGCUCAAUCUAUUUAACUGUCCAAAGAGAAGAUUAGGGGGUGACUUGAACAUAGUCUGUAAGUGCCUACACGAAGAACAAAUAUUCAAUAAUGGGCUCUUCAAUCUAGCAGAGAAAGGUCUGGCAUGAUCCAAUGGCUGGAAGUUGAAACUAGACAAAUUCAGACUGGAAAUAAGGUGUAAAUUUUUGACACUGAGUGUAAUUAACCACUGGAACAAUUUACCAAGAGUUGCGCUGGAGUCUCCAUCACUGACCAUUUUUAAAUUGAGAUUGGAUGUAUUUCUAAAAGCUCUGCUCUAGGAAUUCUUUUGGAGCCGUUCUCUGGCCUGUGUUAUCCAGGAGGUCAGACGAGAUGAUCACACUGGUCCCUUCUGGCCUUGGAAUCUAUGAGGAAGCCCUGGUGGGUGCAAAGAACUUGGCGAACAGAAGAAACAAAGUGUGGGACCCUCUAGCACAGAAUGUAGGUCACUUCAGGAGCUGAAAGUAGCGAUAGGUCAGAGCCCUUCACUCCCAGCUCCCACCCCACAUCCCUGGGGCCUCCCAGGAGGUCUCCAGCAGGACUACAGAAGAGGAGACUGAUCGGGGCUGGGGUUUAAUUUGAGAUCAAGAACACCGUUAUGAAGAGGAACUUUCCACAUCUGCUGGGAUGCUUCUCCACCUGUUCUGUUCUCCAUCUGUCCCUGGAGAAUGGGCUCAUGGGUGGUGGUUGGCACGGUGGGACAAGGGCACAUUAACUGGGACACAGGACUCUGAGCCCUUAAGGGAGCCCGUACUUCUGAUCCCAUGUGUUUCUUCUCCAAUCCCUAGAGAGCACCCAGAGGGAAAUCUACUGCCUGGUACCUCUCCCUGGGCACAUCCCCUGUGGAGAGGGCACCCCAUUUGUCCCCACGCUGGUCUAGUUUGUAGUGUCUUCCCCAGGGGCUCGAGAUCUGACCACCCCACUCUCUCCAUGUCAGGAGCCUUUUCCUAACACUGUAUCCGGCAUCUCCCUGGGUUAAAAACAUAGAGAUCGGAUGCACCCCGGACUAGAGCGGAGCCAGGAUGAGCGGGGCUGUGAUCGCGCAGGGACCUUCCUGUCCCAGCCUCCCGGGCUCCCCAGCCCCUGUGCGCGCAGGGGCCAGUCGCCGGCUGCCGCCCCACAGCGCCCAGGCGGGACUCGCCCCGGCCGGGCGUUGAGUGGGGACCCCGGAGGCAGGGGAGAGGCAGAGGCAGGAGAUCGCUGCCGGGAGGAAGCGGCCGCAGCGACAGGGGGAUGGGCGCUGACCCCCAGCUGGGGCUGGAGAGACCCGCCAGCCCUCUGGGAGGCGGGGUGGGCUGGGGGUCGGUGCAGCGGGGGAAGGAGUUUUCUGUGCAGUUGAGUUCGGUAGAGCCCGGGCGCGUUCUCUGCACCGAGCCCCGGGGGGAGGUUUCACCGAGCCCCGUCUCUCCCCUUUCUUUCCCCCGAGCAGGAUUCCCUGGCCCGGCCACGAUCCCCCGCACGGAGCCAGGGGAAGAGCCGAGGGUCCCGGAUCUCCAGGGCUCCCAGGAAAGGGAGAUCCCUAGAGGCGCCCCCACAGCAGAUGCCAGGACAGCAGGUGAGGAGAAUCCCCGGCAGGAAGGGCCUGUGGAAGCAGAGCCUCACUGAAAUCCCGGAGUGCCAAGUUGGGAAAUGCCAGCGGGGCAGGGUGGCAGCAGUGAGAUCUCCAGGAGGGAAGAGGCUUGUAGGCACUCGGGGUCCCAGUGGGGAUGCAGCGGGGGGAGCAAGCCUACCACUGCCCCGACCGCGGAAAGGGAUUCAGCCAGAGCACAAACCUCCUAACCCACCGGCGAGCACACAUGGGGGAGAGCCCGUACGAAUGCCCUGAUUGCGGGAAGGCCUUCAGCUGGCGCUCCCACCUGCUGGAGCACCAACGCAUCCACACUGUGGAGCGCCCCUACCAGUGUGGGGAGUGCGGCAAGAGCUUCAGCUGGAGUUCGGCUCUGAUCCAGCACCAGAGCACUCACACAGGCGAGCGGCCCUACCGCUGCCCCGACUGUGGGAAGAGCUUCAGCCGUGGCUCCAACCUGCUGCAGCACAAACGGAUCCACAAGGGCGAGCGCCCCUUCCUGUGCAGCCAGUGUGGGAAGGGCUUCAGCCAGAGCUCCUACCUCUAUGAACACUCGCGCACCCACACCGGCGAGCGCCCCUACAAGUGCCCCGACUGUGGGAAGGCCUUCGCCCAGAGCUCCACAUUGGCCCGGCACCAGGGGGCCCACACCAGCGAGCACUGCUUCCCCUUCAUUGGCUGCAGGAGGACUUGAUGCAGGGCAGGGAGGCUGCUGCAAACACUCACGCUCCUUUGGAUGGGGAGAACCUGCUGCUGUCUCCAGCUGGGGUCCUGUCCCGGGAGCCUCAGCUAUUGCAUCAAGUUGAGAGUCUGAAAAGGUGACUGAUGGAGACAUGUCUCCCUGGGGUCCUGCCCCAUUAACCCACGGGGGGGACAUACCACUGCAUCUGGCUGAGGGUUUCCAGUGGUGGAUCAUGCAGCCACAUCCCACUGCAUUCAGCUGGGGUCCUGGCCUGGAGAACCCAGGGGAUACAUGUCACUGAUCUGGCUGGGGUCCUGUGCCAGUGGAAUGCAGAGGGGACAUGCCACUGCCUCAGGAUAAAGGUCUGCCAUCUCCCUGUGGCCCUGGCUGAGUGGCCCUGUAGCAGUGGUUUUCAAACUGCGGGUCGCGACCCGCUACUGGGUCAUGGAAUGUAAGGCUCUGGGUCUCGGCGGCUCUGAUCAGCACCGCCAAGCGGGCCGUUAAAAGUCCCAUUGGUGGUGCUGCCCGGCUAGGGCAGGCUAGUUCCUGCCUGUUCUGACACCAUGCUGCGCCGCAGAAGUGGCCAGCAGUAGGUCCAGCUCCUAGGCGGGGGGACCGUGCGGCUGUACGCACUGCCCCUGCCCCAAUCACCGGCUCCGCACUCCCGUUGGCCAGAAACCAGCUAAUGGGAGCUGGGGGGUGGUGCCUGUGAACGAGAGCCACAUGGAGCCACUUGCAUGCCUCCGCCUAGGAGCCAGAUCUGCUGAUGGCCGCUUCUGGGGCGCAGCGCGGUCCGCAGUACCAAGACAGGCAGGAAGCCUGCGUUAGCACCCCCACUGCACCGCUGACCGGGAGCUGACCGAGGUAAGCCCGCACCCCAAUCCCCUGCCCCAGCCCUGCGUCCUCCCAGAGCCCCCUCCUGCACCUCAAACCCCUCAUCCCCGGCCCCACCCUAGAGCCUGCACCCCCUGCCCAGAGCCCUGAUCCCCUCCCACACCCCAACCCUCUGCCCCAGCCCUGAGCCCCUCCCACAUCCCAAAACCCUCAUCCCCAGCUCUGUUAGGUCAUGGGCAUCAACAAUUUUCUUCAACUGGGUCACCAGAAAAAAAGUUUGGAAACCACAGCCCUAUAGGAUAGGGGUCACUGAUCAAACCUCAGUGGCCUUUGGAGGGAUGUGCCACCCCAUCAGGCUGAGGGUCUGCAGUAGCAGAUCGUGGAGCCAGUUCCCACUGCAGCCAGCUGGGAUCCUGGCCUGGUGGCUCCCAUGGGGCACAUCACUACAUUGUGUCUCACCUCUCCCCACCGGGGGUUGAGCCUAGUAACUCUGUUUCUAGACCUAUGCCUCCCUCCUGUCAGCAAUAAAGGACGUGUUGCCUAAGAGGCACUGACAAGCCCAUCAUUUACCUGUUAGGGAGGGACAUAGGCACCCUGUUAGCACAGGUUACAGCUAGCCUGAGGGUCACUGGAUUAUGUACCCAUACUCCCUUGGUUGGUCUAUUCAUGGGGCUCAAACCCAUAACCUCUGGCUUUCUACUGCCCUAUGUUCUCUCUUUGACUCAGGUCCCAUUCAGCUGGGCUGAGAGGUGAAAACAAGCACUGAUACUUUCCCCUCCCCCCCACCCCCCCGCCACUGGUGGCAUCAAUAUGAGCCAUCAGCUCACAAUAAAUUGAGUGGAUCGUCUUUCAUUACAUGGAAGAAGUAAGUGUGUGUGUGAGAGAGAGUUGGAGGGAGAAGCACAGUGCUCGCAUAGUGCUCGGGUACUGGACCGUAUGGAGGAUACAUCAGAGGGUCCAUACAGAAGAGGGACCAAUCAGAGGUAGCACAUAUUAUUGGAACACCUAGGAGCCUCAGUCAGGCUCCAGGACCACACCAUGGUGGAUACUGUACAUUAUUUAUUAGGUGGAUUAUGGUAACACCUAGGAGCACAGGUCAGGCACCAGGACUGCACUGUGUUUGAUACUGUAUGUUAUUUAUUAGGUGUUGUGAUGGGUUGCCCCCCGCUUCCAGGGUGCCAUCUGAUUUUACUGCAGUACCGUUGAGCCCACCUGUUCCACCGGCUUGGGCUCCCGCACCCUGUCCUGCUAAACCAGGCCCUCAAGCCUCCUCUAGCACACACACAGGUAGGGCCACACUCAGCUGCAGAAAGACAGACACUGAGAUCAGCUCUGUGUGGGACGACUCAGCUCGGGAAUUUCCCAGCACUCAAGAGCACAUCCCCUCUGGACUGUAAACCCAAAAUUGUAUUGUCUUGCACCACUCAGAAGUCUGUACAGCGUAAGCUCAUGGAAAUCGCCCCCUACUUCAAUGUGGAGGAAGAUAUGCAAAGCUUUUUGGCCCCAGUUAUGAAUUGCACAAACUGGUUUAGAGAAAACAAAACGAGUUUAUUAACUACAAAGGAUAGAUUUUAAGUGAUUAUAAGGGAUAGCUAUCAGAUCAAAGCAGAUUACUGAGCAAAUAAAACACGCAAACUAACUAACACUAAAGAAACUGUCUACAAGUAGUAACUUCUCACCCUAAAUGUUGUUUUAAGCAGGUUGCAGAGUUUCUUGAAGACAAACUUCUCUUUCUUGCAGCUUAGAACGGCCAGAUAUUCCAUCCACAGGCCAGACACCUUCUAGCCUGGGUCCUGUCCUUUCUUCCCCCAAUCACUCUUAGGUGUUUUCAGCAGUCAUCCUGGGCGGGGAUUCAGUGAAGAACCAACCAAGAUUAACUCACUUCCCUGCCCUAAAUAGGAUUUAUAUAUGGCGGGAAUCCUUUGUUUCCUAGUUUGGUCCCCACCCCCGAUUAGUGGAAAAAUACUAGUAGGCCAAGAUGGGGUCCAGUACCAGGUGACAUGAUCACAUGACCCUGCAGUGUCAAAGCAGCAUCCCAGGAAGGUAGGAGAUUAGCAUCUUCAGAGUCCUAUUGUUCGCCCUAAUGGCCUGUCCAGGCUGAUUGCCUACUGUCGAGUGGGCAUUCUCCAAGUGUAAACACAGUUGUAAUUGUUACAUAGUCAAUAAUCAAAACUUCAGAUACAGAAAUGAUACAUGCAUACAAAUAAGAUAAUCAUACUCAGUUCAUCACCUUUCCAAUGAUACUGCACAUGACCCAUCUUGCAUAAAACAUAUCUUAGUUAUGCCAUAUUCAUACUACAAUAUCUCUAUGACGAAUAUGGGGCGUAGUGUCACUGAGGUAUUAUGGUAGCACCUAGAAGCCCCAGUCAUGAGCCAGGACCGCAUUAUGCAGGUGCUGCACCAACACAGGAUGUGGGGAGAAUCAUAUGGGGGAAGCAUCAGUAAGCCUCAGGACUCCUGGGUUCUAUUUUCUAAGAGAAGAAGGAUGGCCCACUGACUGAUUCCAAUUCCCUGCUUCACCGCAGACUGUCUAUGUGGCCUUUGGCAAGUCAUCACAGCCAGAUCCUCAAAGGUAUUUAGGCGCCUACUUAAUU